CGGCGGCGUUGCCAAGCAACCGCGUGGUUCGAGUAACAACGUCCACCGGCUGGAGUCCGCGGCGCAUGGCGCUACAGUCACUUUUCCAGAUCUGGGCGCACCGUGGACACCUCGUCAGAGAUGCUGGUACGGUUUGGACGACGCUGUGGACAGGCGAAGGAAAGUACAGAAAUAAGAAACUCUGAAGAAGAUCAAGCUCUCUAUCCACCUCUUCUGCCUAGCAAAGUAGAUCUCCAGCAGGUCACCAUAAUUCCACACAAUGAGUGGAAAAGGAUUCAAGAUAGCCUUGACAGGUUGACAAGAGAAGCAGCAUGCCUCCGUGCAGAAAGAAAGGCAAAGAAAGAAAUGCAUUUGCGAUCUCAAGAGGUGGUAAAACACUGGACUAAUACAUAUGCAGGGAUGAAAGAACAGAAACUUGAAGCCAAAAAAAAGCGUGAUGAAGAAAUAGAGGCAGAAAGACAAAUUCUUGAUCUGGAAGAAGAAAUACAUAAACAAGGAAAAAGAAAAAAGGCCAUUGAAAAUGCAAAGCAAUGUCAAUUUUACCAGACAGAAAGAGUGAAAAACUUUCAUUCAGGACUUCUUCUUAGUAGAGUUAUGAAAGAACGUGAUGCCCAGAUUGAAUUCCGAAAGAGUAAGAUAAAAUCAGAUAAAAAAUGGGAGGAACAAUUGAAACUCAACAUUGAAAAAGCUUUUAAAGAAGAACAAGAAAAAGCAGAAAAACGACACAGAGAAAGGGUGGCUCUUGCCAAAGAUCAUCUAAAACAAAUAAAGGAACAUGAGGAAGAAGAAGAAAGAAGGAAAAAGCGUGAAGAAAAAGAUGCCGAAGAAAUAAAGCGACAGAAUGCAUUAUAUGAAAUUGAAAUGAGAAAAAAACUAGAAAAGAAAAGAGAAGAGAUGCAUGAAAGCAGGAGACGGUUUCUCGAACAUAUGCAGGAUAAACAUAUUAUCAAAGCUGUAGAACAGCAGCAGCAAGAGGAAGAAGAUGAAAAGAUUAGAAAAUUUAUCAAAGCAAAAAAGUGUCUUAUACAAAUGGGGAAAGAAAAAGAAGCUGAAACACACAGGCUUAUGGAGAAACGAAGAGAAAGAAUACAUAACUUCCUGAGUGAACUAUUGAAAGAGAAACUUGACAAUGAAGAUAUGAUUAUUGCUAGAGAUAUUGCAGAAGCUGAGGCUGAAUGGGAAAAAAGAGAAAGAGAAAAAGAUGAAAAAAACAAAGCAGAAUUAAAAACAAUUGCAGAAUAUAGAGCCAUUGUGAUGAAAAAUAAAGAGGAAGAAGAAAGACAAAGAAAAAUAGAGGCUAAAGAACAAUUGCUGGCUGUCAUGAAAGCAGAUCAAAUUUUCUGGGAACAUGAAAAGGAGAAAAAAUACAAAGCUGAUAAAGAACACCGAGAGGUUCAAGACGCCCAUAUUCAGCAAAUGGCCAAAAAUAAGUUUAAUGCAAAGCAAGCAAAACAAGCAGAAUUAGAUUAUUGCAGACUUACUGAAGCUCUUGUGGCUGAAAAGGAGAAAGAAUUUCAGGACUAUGCCAGAGAGGUAAUUGAACUUGAAUCGGAAACAACAAAUAAAUAUAUUUACCCUCUUGUAAAAGCUGUACAGGAAGGACCUGGAGGUGGCCGUGGACCAGUGCUUGUGGAUAGAGGUGGAUUAAGACCCAGCUAUCAGGCAAAUGAUAUUACUGGAGUCCAGCUCCCUUUUUAUAACUCUCAGGGACCAAAAUAUAAUUUUCAGAAGUCAAAGAGAAGGUUAGGUUUUACAUGGUAGAAAAAAAUUUUUAACAUUGAGAAGACUAAGUUGUAGCAUAUAUGAGCUUCAAAUGUAAAUGGAUUUCUGUUAAUAAAGCUGUUCUUCAUCUAAGUACAAUUAUGUCUGAUUUAAUUGAUCGUUCUCAGUAUUUCUUUUGGGUAUAUAUAAAACCCCAAUUUUGAGAUUCCUAACUGUGGUAAAUUACACAAGUAAAAUUUACUUUUUAAAUGUACAUUCAGUGGUAUUAAGUACAUUCAAAAUAUUGUAUAGCCAUGACCAUUGUGUAGUUCCAGAAUUUUUCAGUGCUCUGACUGGAAACCCCAGACCCAUUCAUUAAGCAGUGACUCCCCAUUCCACUUCCCCACAGCCCCUGGUAACUGUUUAUAUGCUUUGCCUAUACUGGGUAUUUUGAAUAAACAGAAUCAUACCGUG